GGGGCGGGGGCGGGACGCCGCCCCGCCGCGGGUCUGGCCCUGUGUCAGCAGCCGAGCGGGCGCUCGGGCCGGACAUGGCUAGCUGUGCGGCCCGACGGGCCCUGACUGUGGGCAGCCGCUGGUGGUCUCGGUCGCUGGCCACGGCCCGAGGGUCGAGGCCGCUGUGUGCGGUCGGUGGAGCAGGGGCCCUGCUGCCGGUGGCUACAGCGACGUCGCGAAGGCAUCUGUCGUCCCGAAACCGUGCAGAGGGCAAAGUGCUGGAGACAGUUGGUGUGUUUGAGGUGCCAAAACAAAAUGGAAAAUAUGAGACUGGGCAGCUGUUCCUUCAUAGUGUUUUUGGCUACCGAGGGGUCGUCCUGUUUCCUUGGCAGGCCAGACUGUAUGACCGAGACGUGGCUUCUGCAGCUCCAGAAAAAGCAGAGAACCCCGCUGGUCAUGGCUCUAAGGAGGUGAAAGGCAAAACUCACACUUACUAUCAGGUGCUGAUUGAUGCCCGUGACUGUCCACAUAUAUCUCAGAGAUCUCAGACAGAAGCUGUGACCUUCUUGGCUAACCAUGAUGACAGCCGGGCCCUCUAUGCCAUCCCAGGCUUGGACUAUGUCAGCCAUGAAGACAUCCUCCCCUACACCUCCACAGAUCAGGUUCCCAUCCAACAUGAGCUCUUCGAAAGAUUUCUUCUCUAUGACCAGACAAAAGCACCCCCUUUUGUGGCUCGAGAAACACUACGGGCCUGGCAAGAGAAGAAUCACCCCUGGCUAGAGCUCUCUGAUGUCCACCGGGAAACAACUGAGAACAUCCGUGUCACAGUCAUCCCUUUCUAUAUGGGCAUGAGGGAAGCCCAGAAUUCUCACGUCUACUGGUGGCGCUACUGUAUACGCUUGGAGAACUUGGACAGUGAUGUGGUCCAGCUUCGGGAGCGGCACUGGCGGAUAUUCAGUCUCUCAGGCACCUUGGAGACAGUUCGAGGACGAGGGGUGGUGGGCAGGGAACCAGUGUUAUCCAAGGAGCAGCCUGCAUUCCAGUAUAGCAGCCACGUCUCCCUGCAAGCUUCCAGUGGGCACAUGUGGCAGGGUCUCCUUAUGGCCCAAGCUGUCCAGACUCAGAAUCCUCCCACCUGGGUACUGGGAUUCCAGGUUUGCCUGCCAAACUGAGCUAACACCUCUUGAGAUUUGUCAGCAUCAGAAGAAAGACAUACCUUCUUGAGCUCAGUGAAUAGCCUGACACAGUAAACAACCAAACACAUAAUAAAAAGCAGCUGCUUAGCCAGGCUGGGUGGUACCCAUCUGUAAUCCCUGCUACCUGGGAUGCUGAGGCAGGAGGAUGGAGAGUUUGAAGCCAGUCUACCUAGUGAAGUCCUGUCUCAAUAAAGCAGUGGGGGCGCAGGGACGAUGGUGCAGAUGGUAAAUUAAAGGUGCUUGCCACCAGUCCUGAUGACCAGAGUUUGACCCCAGGACCCAAAUAGUGGAACCUAAAUGGAGAGAAGUCUCCAGGCUGUCCUGUCUGUCCCCCACCCACACAGACAAAUGCAGUAAUAAAGAAGUCGCUCUGAUAAGCAGUUCCACUGCUUUUCUGAUCCUGAAAGCCCCCCCCCCUUCAAUGUGGAAGAAAGAGAUCAGGACCCCAAAAUUGUAGCACAUCUGUCACACUGAGCUCCUGUGCCUUCACCUCAAGUGGAGAGAAUGGCCCCAGCUGGGGUGUGACGGGGAGGGGGUCACGGAAGAAGAGAGCACCUGGGGAGAAGACAGGCACCACCACCUCUGCUGUUCCUCAGGCCCUGAAUCCUGCUCUACUGUCACAGCCUCUUGGCUUAACUCCAUGUCACACCCCCGCCCCACACACCCCCUGCCAAAGACUGCCACCUCACAUAAGCUGCCCUUUGGACAGCCCGCAGCAGAGCACUGGCCUGAGGCAGUGUGACAGGCUGGGGCUAAGGUUCUUGGGUCUGGACGCUUGAACCCUUAAUUCCCCUUUACUUCCCAGAUAAUCUGCCUGGUACUCCACCCAGUACAACUCCACGGUCUUCAAGUAUAUACUCUAGGGAGACACCCGCUGGCCUCUGCAGGAAGGGAGGAGCUGAGUAUGUAAACUGUCCCUAUGAAGGAAUUCACACAGCUGACAAUAGUGGAGUAUACCUGUAACCCUAGUACUACCGGGCUGAGGCAGGAGGAAGGCCAUGUUUGUGGCCAACCUACUAGGUUAUGUAGCAGGCUCCAGCCUGCACUUCACUGACCCUGUUUCAAACAGAAAAAGUAAAAAUGAAAGGUGACUUGUGUUCAUCUGCACUGUGAGGUCAUUCCGUAGGCUGGCUGCAAGAGCAGUGUUGAAGUGGGAAGCCACACUAGACUGCUGUUUCUGAGUCGUACCUUUGCCAUGAGCCUGAGGCUACACUCAGACUCUCAUUCCCCUGUCUGCAAGCAGGAGAACAGACCGGUGUGGUUGAAAUGGCUCCCGCAGGUCAGACAACUGAGAAGUGGUGGGGCCAGAACUGCAACUGAGUCGUGACAACCUCAGAGACCUGGUCCUUCCAGGACCCAGAAGGUUCUGGGUGGUCAGUGGGCUGCUUCUCAGCAGUGCUACCAGUUUCUGACCAUUCCCAACCCCUCUGUUCUGGCUCUGUCCUACGUGGCACCAUCAUACCAUGUUUGGGAAAGUCCCUGUGGCCCUUUGGUUGCUGUGGGAAGGGUGCACUGGGGCAGGACCAGUUCUCCACCCUGGAGUCUGUACUCUGUCCCACAGAGGAAAGCCAUACCUUGGUCUGCUUCUUCUCGGUGGCAUACACGAUGGAGG